AUUGCAGAAUUAAAAGCGGAAAGUCAAUCGGUUGGAGGAUGUGGAGGUUUAAUUGGAAGAAAGAAAGGAGCCGUGGCUAUUCGUAUAAACUACGAUGACAUCAAAAUCGUUUUCAUCUCUUGUCAUCUCUCUGCACACGCAAAUAAAGUAGAUCAGAGAAAUGAAGAGUUGAGACGCAUAUCAAAUUCACUAAUAUCAAAAGACAAAAGGACACAUGACCUCAUUGUUUGGCUUGGAGAUCUUAAUUACAGGAUCCAAGAUGUCUCUAACCGUCCUGCUCGAUCCCUUAUUCAAAACCAUCUUCAAUCUGUUCUUGUGCGUAAAGAUCAGCUCUUGCAAGAAGCUGAGAGAGGUGAAAUAUUCAAGGGAUAUAAUGAAGGAACUCUAGGGUUUAAACCGACUUACAAAUAC